AUAAAGUAGAUUACCCUUUGUGACUCUUCAAGGUGCGGGGGGAUUUGACACCAAUAAAUGUUACCUCUGCAAUGGGAGUUUUGAUGCAAUUCUCUCGAAUGGUCUUAAGUUCAGGUCCUGGUCUAUCUUUGCUUGCCGCGAACCGCCUGUUCUGUGAUUGUUCCUUGCAUUGCCUUGAACUGCUUUCAGUUCAAAUCCAGCAUGUCAACCGACCCUUGUCUACAAGAAGAAACGAUAUGAUGACAAGACAACACUCAAUGGCAGCUUCCUUCAGCAAAGAGCAGCUUCAAUCGAGCGGUCUAUUUGCCACGUGGUUUUGACCUCUAUCACGUGGUUUGCGCACUCGAGAAUAAAAAGAAGGUACACUAGACAGCCUGGUGCGAACCGUGCUCUUGUGCACGGUCC